UCCCUCACCAACUCUCAGUACACCAUAGUCAAGUCAAGCAUGUCCCGCCUAAUCAUAAAAAACCUCCCGCCCUACAUAACUCCCCCUCUCCUCAAACAACACUUCUCACAAAAGGACGGUCCGGGAGGGACGCUCACUGACGUCCAAGUCGCACAGACACCAGAUGGUAGGAGUAGGAGAUUCGGGUUUGUUGGGUAUAAGACGGAGGAGGAGGCGAGGAAGGCUAGGGGGUGGUUUGAUAGGACGUUUGUUGGGAUGACGAGGAUUGGGGUUGAGGUUGUUGAGAAAGGAGCCAAAGACGCACCGAUCCCAAGACCUAACAAGAAACCUCGCAUCGAUAACAGCAACUCAGCUGUCGACAAGCUUCCCGGAACUAAACCUCUCCAAAAAUCAAAAUCGAAACGGAAGAAGAUGGACGCUACUACCAGUACUGACGAUAAUGCGGAGUCAAUAGGCAAGAAAAUCAAGAAAGGAGCCGAACUAGACGAAUUCAUGCAAGUUAUGCAGCCUCGAACGAAGAAAGAGCGGACAUGGGCUAAUAAUGACGACGUUCCUGUUGCUGGACCUUCUUCUCGUCCACUUGAGCAAUCGCAGGCGAAUGCGAACGGCAUUUCUGAGACUGAUGACUCUAAUGAAAGGGAAGAGGAAGACGGCGUAGAGGAAGUGGACGAUAUGGAGUGGAUGAGACGAAAGAUGAAGAAGGACCUUGAGGAAGGUGGGGAGGAGAGGGUGUUCAUGCAGGAUGAGGAAGAGGAAGUGCCGUUAUCGCAGGAUGCACGAUCAUCGAAAUUAAAUUCCGAGAAAGCACCCGAGAAAGCCGACUCAGAACCCUCUCCAACCGACACGAUUCUUCAGACCGGACGUCUAUUCCUACGAAACUUAUCUUACACUUGUACGCAAUCCGAGUUAGAGGCACAUUUCUCAAGGUUCGGUGAUAUCGCCCAGGUUCACAUUCCACUCGACCCAAUCUCCAAAUCUUCAAAAGGUCUCGCGUUCGUCACUUUCUCAGAUCCAGCAUGUGCGGUUAAGGCGUUUGAAGAACUUGAUAAGACGUCCUUUCAGGGGAGGCUUUUGCAUAUUCUACCUGCUGCAGAGCGAAAAUCAUCAGGUGUAAAAGGCGUCGAAGACAAUCUUGGUGGGAGCGGGAAAACGUCGGUUAAGAAAGAAAAAGAAAAGAAGAAGAAAGAAGGCGCAAGCAAGGAAUUUAAUUGGAGUAUGUUGUAUAUGAACGCUGAUGCUGUCGCGUCGUCCAUUGCCGAUCGGAUGAACAUCCCCAAGGCCGACAUUCUCAAUCCUGACUCCGAGAAUGGAGACACGACGUCCGCAGCUGUCAAACUCGCACUUGCAGAAACGCAUAUUAUACAAGAAACGAAAGCUUUCCUCGAGUCGGAAGGGAUCGACCUUUCUGCGUUCUCUUCUCUCUCCUAUUCCUCUUCCGCAAACUCCUCUAACUCCCGAGCCGUAAGAGCGAAACGGUCGGAUACAGUCAUACUAGUAAAGAACAUCCCCUACGGAACGACUUCUCAACAAAUACGCGAGUUAUUCGAACCGCAUGGGGAGUUGAGGAGGGUUGUUGUUCCGCCGAGUGGGACGAUUGCCGUGGUGGAGUUUGCCCAUCCGGAUGAUGCUGGGAGGGGUUUCAGGGGUGUUGCGUAUAGAAGGCUGGGAGGAAGUGUUGUGUAUCUUGAGAAGGCGCCUGUUGGGGUUUUUAAUGGGUCGCGGUCUUCUGACAACACGACUACUCAAGCAAUUCGACCGACCCCAGCCAAGCAAGACGUCGACAUAGCGGGCCCUAUCGACGAUGCUAAAGAAGAGGAAGCACCCCCAGGUUCAACCCUAUUCCUCAAAAACCUCGCCUUCGCAACGACUUCUGAACGUCUCACAUCCGUUCUACGACACCUCCCCGGCUUCUCCUUCGCUCGCGUACAAACUAAACCUGACCCGAAGCGUCCCAGUAUACCUGGCCAACCACCUCCACGGCUAAGCAUGGGUUUCGGUUUUGUUGGAUUUACAUCCAAGGAUGCAGCUAAAACGGCUUUGAGGAGUAUACAGGGUCUUGUGGUGGAUGGACAUGCGUUGAGUGUUAAGUUCGCUGGACGGGGUACCGAAGACCAGGACCACGACAAAAAUAACUCCUCUUCCUCAGCGAAAGCCACAUCCAAGACGACCAAGAUGAUUGUGAAAAACCUCCCCUUCGAAGCAACCAAAUCUGACCUCCGAUCCCUCUUCAACACACACGGAACACUCAAAUCCGUACGCUUACCUAAAAAAUUUAAUUCCCACUCGAGAGGGUAUGCUUUCUUGGAGUUUACGACGAGGUUGGAGGCGGAGAGGGUUUUUGGUGCGAUGAUGCACACGCAUUUACUUGGGAGGCAUUUAGUAUUGGAGUGGGCGGAGGAUGGAGGUCGGGAUGUGGAGGGGUUGAGGAGGAAGGCUGGUGUUGGGUUUGGUGACGGAUCUGAGAUGCCGGGGAGGAAGAGGAAGUUGGAGUUUGGGGAGGAGGGAGAUGAGGUGCUGGAUGAGUGAUGGUACGUUAGAAGAGAUGUAUAUUGCAGAAACAAGUUAUUUACUAUGUAUUGCAUAUAUGUUGCGUUUACUCCAUACAAGUCUAGGCGGUCCUCUUAUAUA